AUGGAUGCAGGCAAAAAACAUAUUCAACCAAAAAACAUAAUAGUAGCAAAUAAAUUAGAAACUAUUUAUCGUAUAGCCAGUCAAACCCGGCUAGAUUUGUUGGCUUGUUUAGUAAAAAAACAACCUGCUAAUUUACAAGAGUUGGCUCAGUUAUUACGCCGAGAUUAUGCUAAUGUUUGGCGAGAUUGCCAGGCUUUAAAUAGUUUACGAAUUAUUAAAUUAAAAAAAGCGGGCAGAGAGAUAAGACCAACGGCUUUGUAUGAAAAGAUUAUUAUUGAGUUUCCGAUGGUGGAUAUUAGUAAGGGGAGGAGUAGUGGUGUUGAUUUG